AUGGCAAUAAUAUGCAGUGGCAAUGCUACUAAAGGUCUUGCUCCUAAAUUCGAGGAAUCUCUUGGUGGCAAUGCAAAAUUAGCAAUGAUUUGUGCUGUUUCUCCUGGGCAGAGGACUCCUCUAUGCAGCCUCCCAAGGAGAAAAAGGCUCAACUCUUCUGUUAGUGGAUUGCCAGACAAAGGAUCACUAAGGAAUUCAGUGAGACAUGGAUCUUCAUGCCCAAUCUCUGAUCCUUUGGCUAGUUUUUCCAGAGAAAUUUCAGGAGAGGAUAUGCAUGGUGAAUCUGGAAAUGGAUCUGUGAUUUGUGUGUCUCCUUCUUGUCUCAGCAUAGUUCGAACUGAUGGAUCUCCAGUUCUUAAGUCUCCAACUCCAAGUUUUUCACCUAGAAUUAACAAUAGCAGGAAAAGCCUGAGGACAUCAUCAAUGCUAAGUGCAUCCCAGAAAGAUCUGAAUGAUGACAACAAGUUUGAGCUAGAUGCUGUGGAUAUAACCAGAACCUGUAACAACGGUUCCGUCCAUUUCACUCAAACAAGAAGGAAUUCUGUUGCAACAACUGAGCACUUGGCAGCUAGCCUCCAUCGUGGCCUUGAAAUUAUUGAUAGCCACCACCGGAGUUCAGGAUUGAGGCGAUCAUCUUUCAGGUUCUCAUUAAGACCCACUGAUUUUAAACCAGUUUUGCCCGUUGCCAAAGUUGACAUCGGUGUGCAAACUUCUCAAAAUGGUGAGAUGCCAAAAGAAGAUACAGAAAUAUUCUUAUGUAACCAUUGCAAGAACAGAAUGCAGCUAGAUGUCAAAGAGGGGAAUGAGAGCUCAAAUCUUCAGUUGGUACCUUUUGUUGAAUCACACUCUGCGGACAAGUCCAUGAAGCAAGUUCCAAAAGCAGUGGAGAAGGUUUUGGUAGGUGCCAUUAGGAGGGAAAUGGCACUAGAGGACUUCUGUGCCAAGCAAACUUCUGAAAUUAAGCACCUUAAUCGUUUGGUGCAACAGUACAAGCAUGAGAGAGAAUACAAUACCAUUAUAGGACAGACAAGGGAGGAUAAAAUUAUGCGCCUUGAAAGCCUUAUGGAUGGUGUUUUGCCAACUGAGGAGUUCAUCGAAGAAGAAUUUGUAUACCUCAUGCAUGAGCGUAAGCUUCUGAAAGAAAAAUUUGAGAAUCAUCCUGAAAUUUUAAGGACAAAAAUUAAACUCAAUAUAGCUCAAGAGCAACUGGAACAUUUUCAGAAUUUCUGUGAUUUGGAUGAAAGGGAAGUGUUGUUGGAAGGGAUUCAAGAUUUAAGAAGCGAGUUGCAAUAUUUUAUAGACUCUUCUUCAUUAUCUGCUUGAAAACAAAACUCAAUUUUGCAAUUGACUUAUUCAUGUGAUCCCAAUCUAGCACCACCUCUGACUACAAUCCCAGAGUCAGCCGAAAAGAGUGCUGAGGAGAAACUUGAAUGAGAAAGAAUCCACUGGACUGAGAAGCGAGCUAUAGAAGCUGAACAAGAAACUGCAAAGGCAUACAAACAGAUUGAUCAAUUGAAGAAAAAACAUGAAAUUGAUAUUAGGACUCUUAAUGAAAUCAUAGUAGAGCCUUGUCUACCCAAAGAAGCAAUACAACCUAUUUAUAAUGAUUCUGAUGCGGCCAAGUACAAUGUAAAGGAGCCUCAUGAUGAAGGUGAUCAGCAAUGGAGAGAGGAAUUCAAGCUAUUUUAUACUGAAGACAGCGAGUUAUCGAAACUUGCAGAACCCUCAUCAUGGUUCUCUGGUUAUGAUCAAUGCAAUAUAUAG